GAGUCAUCUGUGGAGUUUAUAGGAAAACAGUUUAUCCUGUGAUAAAUAAGGGGGGGCUGCAUUUUGUUUCAUUAAUGCUUUGGAAGAAUACAGUAGUUCGGUGGUCUCUAACCUAAAGGAACUAAAGCUGUUGAUGUACUGAUGGUCACAAAGUACAGUCUAAUGGUGUAGAGAGAUGAGACCGGAUGAUAUCAACCCUCGCACUGGACUGGUGGUAGCCUUGGUGAGCAUAUUCCUUGUCUUCGGCUUUAUGUUUACAGUGUCAGGGUUCAAAGGGGAAACUUUGGGAUCCAUUCCACUUAUUGCUAUAGGACCAGCUAUAUUUCUUCCCGGUGUGGCAGCUAUUACCCUGACCAGAAGAACUGAUGGCUGUACUAAGUGGCCCUAUAAGUACUGUACCUGCUGCUGCAAGAAGGGGAAAGAUAAAGAAAAUGUGGAGCUUCUGAAGACUCCAUCAGACAAAGAGUCCGGUAAAGGGAGUUCUAAUGAGCUGGAUAAAAAGGCUGAAAAAAAGGAAAAGGAAGAAGGAUGUGGACCCAGUAAUAUCACCACAAUAGAUGAUUCAAGGACGCUCAACAAUAAGGUGGAUGGAGAUGAGGUUCUGAGGUACCUGGACAAGUGCUAUUCCACAAAUACUUUGCCUGGAGGAGUGGAAAACCACAACACUUGUUCUGUGUUUGAUAAAAAGUGUACUCCCGACAGAAUUAUCUACACUGUCACAGAGGAGAAAGUUACUCUUGACCCCAGAGAUAGUGAUGCAGAAGCCUAUUCUAAAGGGGGGGACAAUUCCUAUAACAGGUAUUGCUGUUACGUAAAGACAACAGAAGUCAACUGGGACCAAGAGACAAUUGUCUAAACCCUAUAUGCACAUACAUAUUUAUAUUGUACUAGAAUGUUUUUGCACUGCAUGACAGAUCCAAGCUCUGUUAUAAAACCAGUCCAGGUAUUUAUACAUGACAGCUUCCCGCUAGGCGGUUGCUGCAGACCAGCAUGUCUAAGAUCAUGGGUCACCUGUUUCCUUUGUGAUGAUUCUGGCCAAUUGUUUGAGGUCUGAACACAGUGCCUUGAUAUGGAGCUGGAUAAGUGGGAUUAGCUAUCAGACAAUGAGCAGGUAGAACAGCUCAGGUAAACUGUACCCAGUUGAUCCUUUAGUGCACUAAAAGCUAUUGUCUUUAGCUGACUAAUAAGUUGCUGUAACAACAAUUUCUUUUUAUAAAUCAUGUAUGACCCCAAGUAUCAGGUUACACAUGGCGGAACAGGUACCUAUAUAUGUUCCUGGUAAUUGGAUAUGUCCCAGCUUAGCACUGCAAUUAUCUACCAUACGUGCAUAUGUGCUGACAUAUACAAGAAUUCUCACUAAUAAGAAGUAUGAAUUUAGACAAUUGGCGGCUGUUGCUAAUAUCUGGUUACAGAGUGAUAAGAGGGCUAUUAUUUAGAGUUUUUAAUAUGUUGUGUAAAAUUAUAUCUUCAUUUUAUUUAUAAACAAAAUACCUUUUUAAUAUUCAUUUUAUUAAUAUUUAUAAUAUUAACUGUGUUAAUAAAGGAAGCACUGUUUUAUUACUUAUUUUAUAAAUAAAAUGAAAUAUUUAGAUUAUGCCUAUUGUAAUAUUCUAUCUUCAUUUUUGCCUAGUAACUUGCAUAGGUCGCUAAGUAAACUAACUGCAAAAGCAUAUUGAUAAAUUAUACUGCUAGACUAUAAUACACAGAAUAAAUCUUACAUCAGUUACAGAAAUAUUAUUGAUAAUUACAAGAAUAUUAUUACACUGAAUGCAUUUUAACCUAUUAUGUUUUGAAAAGUAUAUCAUUUUUGCAACAUAUUAAAAUAUUCCAUUUUUUUCCUAUUCUGCAUUAGCAAGCUGGGGCCAGGUGUUAUUUGGAUGCUUCAGAAUUUAUAUUUUAUUGUUUCCCUCCUAAAAAAUCCAUUUGCAUCCCUUAGAAUUAUUACUGACUAUGUAUUUAAAACUAUUGUUUGUAAAGUAUAGGCUGUUUAAUGAACAGUAAAAUAUAUUGCUUGCAUAUAAGCUGUGG